GCUCCAAUCGUAGUUACACUCCUCAACUGUAGUUUAUAAACCACACGCCACGAACAGUCACGUAGCUGUACGCAGACAUGCUUAACAAAUAAUUACAACUGUCUCUGUUUAGAAUGAAGACCAUUCUCAGCAGUCAGACUGUCGACAUCCCCAGCAAUGUCGAGGUGCGGUUGAAGGGGCGUACAGUGGUGGUCAAGGGGCCCCGUGGCAAACUCCACAGAGAGUUUAACCACAUCAACCUGGAGCUCAGCCUGCUGGGCAAGAAAAACAAGAAGCUUCGUGUGGAUAAAUGGUGGGGUAACAGGAAGGAGCUGGCCACAGUUCGCACCAUCUGCAGCCAUGUCCAGAACAUGAUCAAGGGAGUUACUCUGGGUUUCCGGUACAAAAUGCGCUCCGUGUAUGCCCAUUUCCCCAUCAACGUUGUCAUUCAGGAGAGUGGAACUCUGGUGGAGAUCAGGAACUUCCUGGGAGAGAAGUACAUCCGCCGUGUCCGAAUGAGGGAUGGCGUUUCAUGUGCCGUCUCUGCUGCCCAGAAGGAUGAGCUGGUGUUGGAGGGUAAUGACAUUGAGCUGGUGUCAAACUCUGCUGCUCUGAUCCAACAGGCCACCACAGUUAAAAAUAAGGAUAUCAGAAAGUUCUUGGAUGGUAUUUACGUGUCUGAGAAGGGAACAGUAGUGGAAGCUGAUCAGUAAACAUUGCAUCUCCACUCGUAGAGCGGCAUUGAUCCAACAGGCCACCACAGUCCGUAAGAAGGACAUCAGGAAGUUUCUCGACGGCAUCUACGUCAGCGAGAAAACAACUGUGGUGGAGCCAGAUGCCGAAUAAAUGUUCACAUUGUUCUCUUAUGAAAAAUAAAACACCAUUUUUUUUCCA